AUGACCGACCUCCUCCAGGUGCUGCCUGACUUCUCAACCCAGCCGUAUUCCCACCUCCUGCCUUCGCUCGAGAAGAAUCAGGUCACCACCGCCGACCUCCUCACGCUCGAUGCCGUCGACAUAGCAAAACGGGCGCAGGUACCCGUCGCCGAGGCGCGGAGGCUGACCGAUGCCGUCCUCUCAGCUCUGCGCGGCCAGCUCGGUCUGCAGCAUGAUAUCGAGAUCUCUAAGAAGCCGUCGUUGGCUUCCACGGGGCAAGAGCUGAUCGGUCGGUGGAGCACCAUUAGCACGUUAGAUGACGGGUUGGAUGCUGCAUUGGGCGGCGGCAUACCGACUGGCUAUUUGGUCGAGGUCACUGGAGAAAGCGGCGCAGGCAAGACGCAAUUCCUCCUAACGCUCCUCCUCUCCUCACAACUCGCGCCCCCCGCCGGCCUCUCCAAAUCAGCCCUCUACAUAUCAACCGAGGCCGCUCUGCCCACCAGCCGGCUAGCACAACUCCUGAAAAGCCAUCCCCGUCUCUCCUCUCUACCUGACGCCUCUAGACCCUCCCUCUCCCGCAUCCUCAGCAUCCAGACCCCCGAUCUCGAGUCCCAAGACCACAUUCUGCGCUACCAACUCCCCGUCGCAAUCGCCCGCCACAACAUCGGCCUCGUAGUCCUCGACUCCGUCGCCGCGAACUACCGUGCCGAGUUCUCGCAGGACCCGAGCGCCAAAUCGGGCGCCGCAGCAAUGGCAAAACGCAGCGCGCAGCUGGUGCAGCUCGGAAGCCUUUUGCGAGACCUCGCACGCGCCGAGAACAUCGCCAUCGUUGUGGCGAACCAAGUCGCCGACAGGUUCUCGCCUACCCCCGCGGCGCCAUCGGCUGCGGUAUCUCGCACCACGUCGCUGAACAGCAACCAGAGCAACAGCAACAAUAAACCCAACAACGGCGAUACCAACGGCAGCCGCCCGGCUUCUCCUUCCCCACAGCCCCAGCCCCAGCCCGAAAAACGCCCCAUCAGCACACCGCGACCCUCACCACAGCUUCUAUCCACGCCUGACCCCCUAACCCUGGACCACCAACAGCGCUGGUUCACCGGCUGGGGCGACCUCGCCCCGUCCUCCUCCUCCAACGACGACGGGAUCGAUAGGCCACAGAUGCUGAAGACGCCGUCCCUGGGCCUCGUCUGGACGAACCAGAUCGCGUGCCGGAUUGCGCUGAUCAAGGAGGUUGUUUACUCUACCGAGCAGGAUGAGCAGGCUCGGAAGGCGGAAGGAGGGCGCGACGGGGACGAGGGAGGAGGAAGUGGACCGGAUAUCGCGGGGUGGCGGAGGUGGAUGCGGGUUGUGUUUGCGCCGUGGGCUGGGCCGACCGAGGGGAGGGGCGUGCGGUUUGAGAUUUGCGGGGGCGGGGUGAGGAGUAUAGGGAGAGGUGAGGCCAAGGUGAUAGAGAGCGGUGCGCUAGAAUCCGCCACCGCAGCAGCGUCGUUGCCGUGA